AUGGCGAAUGCUUUCGGUGAUGCAUGGCGCUCUUUUUGGCAUACCAUGACCUCCUAUGACCGUCAUGCCUCCCACGAUUCCCCCUACCGCACCGGCCGACACGUCCCCCUCAGUCAAAGUCGCCAUGACCCUCUCACAUCCAUUGCUACCAGCGCGAUCGAGUCUCGGGCCGACCUAUCUAACCCUUACGAUGAUGAAGCCUCCAAGGGAAUGACAACCGUCAUGGCCAACGAAUUAGACGGUUCCCCGACCGACGUCGGCUCCCCGGGCCGCCCUUACUCGCCCGGCAUGAGAUCGUUCACAUCGCAACAACGGAGAUCAAACGACCAGGAUGGUCCCGGCGAGAUUCAAAUGCAGAGCUUCCAUGACGGCGCGCCUCCACCUCCUCCCGUCGCUCACUCGUGGAGGAAGAUCGAGCGCUGGCUCGAACACAACUAUGAGGAAUUGUUGGAUCAGCUUGGCGAGGGAUGCACCCAGAACGACAUUAACGAAUUAGAACACGAGCUCGACUGCUCUCUACCUUUGGAAGUGCGCGAGUCUCUCAUGAUCCACGAUGGUCAAGAGCGCCCCGGUCUGCCGACGGGUCUUCUUUUCAGCUGCAUGCUCCUGGAUUGCGAGGAGAUCGUACAAGAGCGCACCAACUGGAAGACCGUCAACGAGGAAUAUCUCAGCUCAGCCCAGGUCAACAACGCCCCCAUCUCCAGCUCCGCCGCCGGCCCCUCUUCCUCCGCCGCCCAGCCACCCACAGCCUGGCGAAACGACCUCCUCGACCGCCAAGACUCACAACCCCCAGGCGCCGUGCAAAAGGCCUACGCCCACCCAGCCUGGAUUCCCCUGGCCCGCGAUUGGGGCGGCAACCACCUCGCCAUCGAUCUGGCGCCCGGCCCCGCCGGUAAAUGGGGCCAGGUCAUCAUCUUCGGCCGCGACUACGACUGCAAAUACGUGGUCGCGCGGUCCUGGGCGGCCUUCCUGGCCGUUUUCGCCGACGACCUCUGCAGCGGGAAGACCCUGGUCGACGAGGAGACCAACGAGCUGAAAUUGAAGGAAUUCAAGUCCCAAAACGUCGAACCCCCAUACCUGGAGAUUUUGCGCUGGAGGACCGACCAGAAGUACGGCCGUCGCCAACAACGCCGUCGUGGGCCCGGCCUCGGCACGAAUGCGUCUGGAAAGAGCGCCAGUUCCAAGGAUUCGCCGUACGGUAGCCCGACACGCGCUGAAGAGCGCGGCCGCUCACCGCACCGUUUCCCGAACCGUGGCCCGGCGCAAAGUCCUAAGACUCCGUUCGGUGUGUCGAGCCCGUUGGCCCGUGUUACGGAGACGGAGGAGUCUUCUAGCCCUGUCACCACCGCCGGCCCGACCAUCUCAGAGGAUCCCAAGGAAAAUGGCAAAGAGAAGCAGACACAGCAGCAAACAGAGGAUUUGAUGGAGGUUGCUACGCCGCAGAUUUCCAAUAAGGAGAAUGAGGGGUUCCCCGGCAAGGCCGAGUCGAGCGCGAAGUCGGAGGGCGAGAAGAUCGAAAAGGAGGGCGGGGAUGAGGCUGGUUCGGCUGUUGAUUCGGAGGUCCUGGGGGAAAUGAAGAAUGUGGCUAUUUAA